CACAGGCACCAUACUGAACCAUUUCGAUAGACAUCACCAAAAGCGUUCUACCCUUACUGGGAAAGCUUUAUACCCCACAACUUCGAUCCAUUUGCAUAUUACAACAAAAUGAAAGGAACAAGCGAAACUCAGUUAGAUCGGUCGUUGGCUUCAUAUCUUUUAUAUGUCGAGCAUACCCAUUCGCUUUUUACGAUCCUAUUGUUUGACCCCACCCCAAAUGUAAGAAUGGCUGUCAGCAAUGUGCUUAUGGGCAUGUUGGAUGGAAGCAAACAAUAUCUAAGCGUCGCUGUCGCAAGAGAUGCGAAGUCUACAUCCUUCACCUCUUUGUCAGAAAAGGUCGCCACCAUCGCCCGCGACUUACAUAAUGGACUACGGUGUGCUCUUGAAAUGGAAACGAAUCCGACGAUCACAGUGCAGCUGUUCAAGUGUUUUACUCUGUUGAUUCAAAAUAGUUCCUACGACCGACUGGCGAAAGGUUAUGUGCCCAAGAUUUAUACCAAGUUAAUCCAGUAUAUAGAUCAUUCAGAUCAUCGGAUAGCAGUAGGCGCUUUAGCUACUUUGUAUGCACUUCUGGAUAACAAGUCAGCGGCCGAAGAGAUUCGAUCAACUAUCACAUUAACAGACCCUUCGAAUCAACUCGAUGGCCACUUGCAGUUAGAAUCAAUGGGAUUGAAUGCCGACCUUUUCAAGUUUAUACAGGAUAAAAUUAAACAACGAAGUCAAGCUGGCUCAGAGACAUUAGAACCUAUUAUGUUUGCUCUCGAAUCUUGGAAUAUUCUUUCAGCGUGCACGCGAACUCAACCUCUUUGGCUGCCACACUUAUGGAAAAUUGCAGCUUCCAGCUUCCCUGAUAUUUUGGAUGAUGAAGAUGUAACAUUGCGAUGCAGCGCCAUUCGCUUUAUUGAUAGCUAUGCGAAUGCCUUGAACGAAAAACCAUCGUCGGAAAUGGAUCACCAGGCGACACUAGAUUGGUGGACAACAGUAAUAGAACAGUACAUUCAAAAGACUACUCAAGACAGUGACUAUCAAGUUCGAGCAUUGGCUUGCGAUUGUAUGUCGGUGAUAUCUCAGGAAACAUUUGAGGCAAUGAAUCCACGACGUCAACGUCUUUGUAUCAGCCUAUUAGUGCCUCUAGCUGAAGAUGAGCAUGCUGACGUCCGCGCUGCCGCAUGUCAUGCUUUAGGAGUACUAGUUGUUUUCCCAAGUCUUAGAGAGGAUCCAAUGUUUACAUCAGAUGUUGCUCUUGCUAUGCUUGAACAAAUGGAGGACAAAAGCCUUUUUGUUAAAGUACGCGCAAGCUGGACGCUAGCCAACCUUUGUGAUGCCCUAGUACUGGAACAGCAAAGUAAUUCUGAUUUUGACAUCAACGACAUUCUUUCUUUGGAACUUUGGUGCAAGGUCACAGCAGCUGCGGCUGGUGCCGCAAAUGACAAUGAUAAACUCAAAUCAAAUGGUGUCCGGGCAUUAGGAAGUGUGACAAGGAUUGCACCGCUCAAAUAUUUGGAUAGCUUACCAGGAAGGCGAUGCAUAGAGCCCAUUAUGGGAGCAAUGAUCAAAAAUAUUGAAAGCGGAACGCUCAAGGCUAGAUGGAACGCAUGCCAUGCAGCUGGUAACAUUUUACGCAAUGCUAAUUUUCCUAUCGGUUCCAAUCGGUGGACGGUACCGUUCUAUGAAGCCUUACUGAAAUCGCUACGACAAUGCAAAAACUUCAAAGUUCGCAUACAUGCUUGUGCAGCACUUGGUUCAUCCACACAAAGAUCCCAGUAUGGUACUGAGGCAAUGUACUUCAAAAUACUCAAUUCUGUAAAGGAAUGCUUGAAGGAUAUAGAUCAAGAUCUCCCUGAUAUAUCUUUCAUGGAGAUGCGGUAUAAAGAGCAGCUCAAAGAACAGCUUGAAGAAACAGUAGCAAAACUUGAGCUUAUUUCCUAGAGUUUGCAUUGAGACGACUGCUGGAUAUCAGUCUUUGCAAAAGAACAUUCUCCUCCUUUUUUUUUCGAAACUAAUUCCAAUAAAAUGAUUAAUGGAUAUUGAAAAAUAGCUGCAGUGUGAUGCAGAAGCAUCCAAAGAC